AUGUGCCAUUGUGGACGCCCAGACUGGCAAAAGUGGUGGCUGCCCUGCAAGCACUUCAUUGCCAUAUUCAAUACUUACCCAGCUUGGCAAUGGGAAACCUUCUCAUUACUCUACCUCAAGUCUCCUUUCUCCCCAUUGGAUGAGGAGCUCAUCACAAAGCUACAAUCACCCUGCAACAUGACCAGCUCCCUAACUGCUGAAAAACCAUUGGCAACUCCAGACUUAGAAGAACCACAAGCACAACAAAACAUCUCAGAAAAGCAUUCACUUGUUGAUCAAUGCACUUCAGAUUCGAAAAGCCCUCCGACUCUUGAUGUUGAAGAAGACCUUCCUAACCGCCAAAAAAAUCACAGGAACGAGGGAGCUCUGUGCCGCGAUCUACUGGCCUAG